AUGGCAAAUUAUACCAUUUGGUAUUGGCACGGUGAGAAAAUAAUUCCUACAACUAGUAGGUCAUCAAUCAAUGACGCUGAUAUGCAGAAUAGAGAACAAUAUGAUAAUAAUGAAAGGGAUACCGAUGAAAAUUACGAGGAGGAUCACAUUCCUGAGAUGAUGGAUGGUUUGGGUGAUCAUGUGAACGAAGAAUCUCGUAUGUUUGAAAAUGUGUCAAAGGCCGCCGAGACACCUUUAUAUCCUGGAUGUGCAAAGUACUCUAAGCUUUCAGGGGUUUUAACACUAUUUAACUUGAAAGCGAAGAACAGUUGGACCGAUACAAGUUUCAAUUCGUUGUUAAAAGCUUUAUCAGACAUGCUUCCUGAAGGGAAUGACAUUCCUAAGUCUACCUACUAUGCAAAGAAGCUAUUGUGUCCCUUAGGUCUAGAGUACACGAAGAUCGAUGCAUGUCCUAAUGAUUGUGUACUUUUUCGAAAUGAGUAUGAAAACCUUGAUGUUUGUCCAAAGUGCGGUGUUGAUCGUUACAAGCGCGAGGGUUCAAACCCCAAUCGCAAGAAGUGGCCACCAGCUAAGGUGUUAUGGUAUUUUCCUAUAAUACCGAGGUUUAAACGACUUUUUUCUAUCAAGAAGGAUGCAAAAAACUUGGUGUGGCAUGCACAAGAGAGGAAGAUAGAUGGGUACAUUAGGCAUCCCGCUGAUUCGAAGCAACGGAAACAUAUUGAUGAUACAUUUCCUGAGUUUGGUAAAGAGGCUAAGAACCUGAGACUUGCACUAAGUACCGACGGGAUGAAUCCUUACGGUACCCUUAGCUCUCAACACAGCACAUGGCCGGUGCUUUUGUCGAUUUAUAACUUGCCUCCUUGGCUAUGCAUGAAACGUAAGUACAUCAUGUUGUCGCUUCUAAUAUCGGGUCCCAAACAACCCGGUAAUGACAUAGAUGUCUACUUGGAGCCUCUCUUGGAGGAUUUGAGACUGUUAUGGGAUAAAGGUGUUCCAAUGUUCGAUGCCCAUACAAGUACAAAUUUUACGUUGCGUGCCAUAAUUUUUUGCACUGUAAUUGAUUUCCUGGCUUAUGGGAACUUGUUUGGGUACAAAUAUAGAGGGAAAAAACCAUGCCCUAUUUGUGAGGACAAAAUGGAACCGACACGCCUCAAGAAUUUUGGAAAGGAUGUUUAUAUGCAUACUAGACGACUACUUCGUCGAGAUCACCCUUAUCGUAAGAAAAAAGCUGAGGAGAAAUAG